CAUAAUUGAAUAAUAAUCUAAAGUGGUGGCCCACCACUUGCAGAUACCCGCAGUUGGCUUCACGUCUUUUAAGAUAUUUCAAUAUUUCAAUGACUCUCCGGUAGCAACCGUGGCAGCUCUAGAGAUAGUGAGAGGAUCUCUAGAAGCCAAACCUAGAAUCCUGCACGCCGAAGGGUAUCCUCAAUGCAAGUGACGAAGAAUUUGGCGGAGCUCUGCGCUCUGCUCAUAGAUGAGCUCUAUGGCGAACUUCCCUCUAGAAUAUUUGCGACGCUCCUGAACAGAGGCAGGUCUUCUCUUGUUCAGCUUGUUCAGUACACCUCCUUGACCAGCCGCCAACUUCGACAUGGCCUUGCCGUCCUCACCCAACAAAACCUCCUCUUCUUCUAUGUGGACAAUGACACCAAGUUGACUACGUACGAGGCGAACCCCGACCCCGCAUACAACAUAAUCCGGACGGGGAAAAUCCUUGAGAUGGUUGAGUCGAUGUACAAUGCGGCUGUCAAGGAUGUCAUGCAGAGCCUGUUGAUCAUAGGGCAGACCAGAAUAUCUGAUCUCAAGGCGGCGUACGAAGAAAAGAUCCGCCAAUGGAACCCACCCGGCAAUGUCGACGAGGAGAUGGUCGAUGGCGAAGCCGCACCGGCGGUGAAGAAGUCUCCAUUUCCCGUCAAAUCGAUUGCACACCUCAACUCCAUUAUAUGCCGCCUUGUGGAGGCGGAGCUCGUCGACGUCGUGCAUGUGCGCACGUUCCAGAGCCCAGACGACAUUCUUAGGGAUGUCGAAAAACAAGUCACCGACGCCAAGUUCCCCAAUGGCAUCAAGGGGGGAAAGGCUAAAGUCGAAUAUGAUGAGGCUGUCGCACAGGAGCUCCGGAAGGUGCGAAGAGAGUCCAAGUCUCUGAAGCGGAAGCUCGAUGAGAGCAGCGGCUCAGCGGCCAAGAGACGCAAGCUCCUCAAUGGCAUAGGUGCCAACGGCGCUCAUGAGGGGGAUGCGGAUCCGAUUUUGGAUCCCAAGCAAGUUAUUCGAGUCAACUACGAGAGGUGUCUCGUGGAGCUUCGCAACCGACGUCUGGUGCAGUUUGCAACUGAGAUGAUUGGAGAGACUACUGGCUACAUCUAUGCUGUUCUUCUCCGGCAGCUAACGAGGAGGACUCCCCGGUGCCACUCAGAUCCUUCCAUGGACUUUGGUGACAUGGAUGAUGACGGGCCAACCGGGCCGGCACAUGUGACGACAAUGGAGAUCCUCGACAACCUGAGUACUUCGGUUGACGUGUCCGCCGGUAUUGGGAAAGCAUCCAGGGGCGACAUUAGAGUGCGAACAGCCGAAAAGAUUCGUGCACACCUUCCAGACGGCAACUCUGCACACCCCGAGGCCGAUGUUGACGGCGGUGCGAGUUCGGACGAAGAUGCAGGCGAUAGCGAUUUCGUGAGUGGUGAUUCAGACUAUGACACUGAGCGCGAGACGAAGCCGGUGCCACGAGCGAACGGCACGAAUGAGAAUAAGGACAACAAAGAGGGCAAGGUCAGGUUCGAGGAGUCCGCCGCGCCAAGGGAGAGCCGAGUAGACCAGAUGCGGCAACACUUACUGCUACUCUCCGAGAGCAAGCUGCAGUUCGUCCGCCACUGCGGGCGAGGGCAGUGGACUGUUGACUUCCAACCACUAAUCCAGCAACUGCGGGAAGUGGAGCUGGACGUGGUGAUCGAGCGCACAGCGGGCCGACAAGGCCUACGUCUUGUCCGAAUCCUUCGGCAGAAGGGCAAGCUUGAUGAAAAGACACUGCCGACGAUCGCGCUGGUGCGGAAGCCAGACGUGCAGAACAAGAUGCUUGAGAUGCAGAUGGCAGGGUUUGUCGACAUACAGGAAGUCCCCCGCGACAGCAGCCGAACGGCGAAUCGAACUCUGUUCUUGUGGUUCAGCGAUACAGACAGGGCCCUGGACCAACUGCUCGACAACACAUAUAAGACGGUGCUCCGCUGCCUGCAGACCCUGGCCGUGCACCGACGCAAGGAGAAGGACGUGCUGAUGCUUACCAAGCGAAGCGACGUCAAGGGGAGAGAGAAGGACGUGAUGCAGAAGGAGUACUAUGACAGAUUCGCUCGCUUUCUCGACACUGAGCGCAAGCUGCUUGGGCACAUGAUGAGGCUGGACGACUUGGUUGCAGUUCUUAGAGACUACUAGCCUGGAAAGGCGUACUACCUUGUGGUGGAAGAUACCUUGACCUCUCAUCAAAAUCAUGGUUUGGGACAUUAGCAUUGCAUUCAGCGGGCUCGGGGUUAAAAGUCAGGGUCGCAUUUUUACGGCGUUCCUUGCCGGUGGUCAUUGCAAUGGCCCAUUGGCAACCUAGCUGUAUCUACCUGUUUGGUUGAUAGGAUUGCUAAUUGAAAGUUAUCACAGUGACACAGUCUACAUCCAGGUUAUACGGGCAGCCAGUGGAUGAUAACUGGUAAGCUGGGAGUGCUUGGAGUGUUGGGCUGCUUACCCUGAAUAUUACCUCUACC